AAGCGAGUGGUGCCACGCACUAUCAAACAAGUGAGUUAUGAUCUGUCAUUAAUAGGAAUCGGCCAAGCUUCAUGACGGAGCCAAAGAUAUAGAGCACACAAAGACGGUAGUAGUAGAUAAAACCAUCUCUCUCGCUCUCUCAAUCCCGUGGAGAAUAUCAGAAUACCAGUUCAUCACGACGACUAGGACUAGUCUCCAAAGCCACUUGAUUUUGGUCCAAGCAUUUUUGUUUUUUGUUUUUUUGUAUAUUAAUAAUGCUGGUAGAGACUAGAGAUAGCCUACAUAUCACUAUAUCAGAGACCGAAUGGCUGCAAAAUAACCACAAACAAUUCUCUCUCUCUCUCUCGCGUCCCAAUGAACACAUUUCUAGGGAAGUGGAUGAUGGCUCUCUGCAUUAAGUUGAAUCACUCGAGGUAGGGAGUGAGAGCAAGAAGAUUGAUUAAAAUCCCACCAUAAAAGAGUCAUCUUGUAGUCUCUUUUCACUUGAAGUUUGUUAACAUGUCCUCUGCAACUUGGAUCACAUCUGUCUCAUGCUUAAGUCCUGUGAUUCAAUCCUCAGAGGACACCACUACUUCACUCAUUGUCCAAUGGAUAAGAUUCAUUUUCCUCUCUCCAUGUCCUCAAAGAACUCUGUUAUCUUCAGUUGACCUUCUGUUCUUGGUCACCCUCCUGCUAUUUGCAGUAAAAAAGCUCUAUUCAAAGUUCACCUCCAAUAGCCACCCCAACUCCGAUCUUAACAAGGCAUUCCUUGGAAGCAACAGGGCCUCUGUUCGAACUAACCUGUCGUUUAAGGUCUCUCUGAUUGUUAGUGUUGUGUUAGCCAUUGGAUACACUGUUAUAUGCAUUUUAGCAUUUAGUGCAAGUACCCAAUUGCCAUGGAAGAUAGUUAAUGGAUUAUUUUGGUUAGUCCAAGCCAUAACUCAUGCAGUGAUCACAAUCUUAAUCAUCCAUGAAAAAAGAUUUCAAUCUGUUACUCAUCCUUUGUCACUUAGAAUUUAUUGGGUUUUAAACUUCUUCAUCAUUUCCUUGUUUAUGGCGUCUGGGAUUAUUCGUUUGGUCUCUUUAGAAGAAUCCCAGCCCCAAGACCCCAACUUGACAUUGGAUGAUAUAGUUUCUAUAGUUUCUUUUCCAUUCUCCAUGGUUCUCCUUUUUGUCGCAUUUAAAGGAUCUACUGGGAUUACAGUUAGUAGAGAAAGCGAACCAGUUAUCGAUGUAGAAACCAAUUUAUAUGAACCACUUUUGAGCAAAUCAAAUGUGACUGGCUUUGCUUCAGCUUCUAUAAUAUCUAAGGCCUUUUGGCUUUGGAUGAAUCCCCUGCUGAGUAAAGGUUACAAAUCCCCUCUCAAGAUUGAUGAAAUCCCAUCCCUUUCACCGGGACAUAGAGCUGAAAGAUUGUCAGCGUUGUUUGAAAUGAAUUGGCCAAAAUCUCAUGAAAAAUCCAAUCACCCAGUUCGAACAACAUUGUUCCGGUGCUUUUGGAAGGAAUUUGCCUUCACUGCCUCCCUUGCAAUUGUGCGGCUUUGUGUCAUGUAUGUAGGGCCUAUUCUUAUACAAAGUUUCGUCGAUUUCACUGCCGGGAAGAGAAGCUCACCCUUUGAAGGAUACUACCUUGUAUUGACUCUCCUCUGUGCAAAAUUUGUUGAAGUUUUAACCACUCAUCAAUUUAACUUCAACUCCCAAAAGCUUGGAAUGCUUAUUCGAUGUACUCUGAUCACUUCUUUGUAUAAGAAGGGACUGAAGUUGACAUGUUCUGCUCGGCAGGCUCAUGGGGUUGGGCAGAUAGUGAAUUACAUGGCUGUUGAUGCUCAGCAACUCUCUGAUAUGAUGCUACAGCUACAUAAUAUAUGGUUGACACCAUUGCAAGUUUCUGUGGCCUUAGUCCUCCUAUAUAACUAUCUUGGCCCCUCAGUGCUCACAGCAAUUGCAGGACUUUUUGGAAUUUUAGUAUUCAUUAUAAUGGGUGCUCGGAGGAACAACAGGUUCCAGUUCAAUGUGAUGAAAAAUCGUGAUGCAAGAAUGAAGGCGACAAAUGAGAUGCUUAAUUACAUGCGAGUGAUAAAGUUCCAGGCAUGGGAGGAACAAUUCAACAAGAGAAUUCAAGCUUGUCGUGAAUCAGAGUUUGGAUGGCUUACCAAGUUCAUGUACUCAGUUUCUGCCAAUAUUGUUGUGAUGUGGUCCACCCCUUUAUUUAUAUCAACUCUCACAUUUGCUACUGCAGCAUUCUUGGGAGUUCCACUUGAUGCGGGAACAGUGUUCACAGCCACAACAAUCUUUAAAAUCUUGCAGGAACCAAUCAGGACCUUUCCACAAUCAAUGAUCUCACUUUCACAAGCAAUGAUUUCACUUGGAAGGUUGGAUAAGUACAUGUCAAGUAGGGAAUUGUUGGGCGAUUCAGUGGAAAGAGAGGAGGAAUGUGAUGGUAGAAUUGCUGUAGAGGUUAAAGAUGGGGUGUUUAGCUGGGAUGAUGAAAAUGGAGAGGAGGCAUUGAAAAAUAUAAAUUUGGAGAUCAACAAAGGCCAAAUUACCGCUAUUGUUGGGACUGUGGGAUCUGGAAAGUCUUCCCUACUAGCCGCAAUUCUUGGCGAGAUGCACAAAAUAACAGGACAGGUCAGAGUUUGUGGAACAACUGCCUAUGUUGCUCAAACAUCAUGGAUUCAAAAUGGCACCAUUCAAGAGAACAUCCUAUUUGGUUUGCCAAUGGACAGGGAGAGAUACAGGGAAGUCAUUAGGGUUUGUUGCUUGGAAAAAGACUUGGAAAUGAUGGAGUAUGGAGAUCAAACUGAGAUUGGAGAGCGAGGAAUCAAUUUAAGUGGUGGGCAGAAGCAGCGGAUACAACUUGCUAGGGCUGUAUAUCAGGAUUGUGAUAUUUAUCUUCUUGAUGAUGUCUUUAGUGCGGUUGAUGCACAUACUGGCUCAGAAAUAUUUAAGGAAUGUGUGAGAGGAGCUCUUAGAGGCAAGACCAUUAUACUAGUAACUCACCAAGUUGAUUUCUUGCAUAAUGUAGAUCUUAUCAUGGUUAUGAAAGAUGGGAUGAUAGUGCAAUCGGGAAGGUACCAUUAUCUACUGGAUACUGGCUUGGAUUUCACAGCAUUAGUAGCUGCCCAUGACACAUCCAUGGAACUUGUAGAAAUGGGCACCACCAUGCCUAUAGAAAAUUCCCCCAUAUUACCAAAAUCACCUCAAUCCUCUUCAAACCAUGGGGAAGCCAAUGGUGAAAACAACUCUUUAGACCAAUCAAACAGUGAUAAGGGAACUUCCAAGCUCAUCAAAGAAGAGGAGAGAGAAACUGGCAAAGUGAGCUUGCAUGUUUAUAAACUUUAUAUCACUGAGGCUUUUGGGUGGUGGGGUGUCGCGGUAGUGCUGCUGCUGUCUGUUUCGUGGCAAGGGUGUAUAAUGGCGGGUGAUUAUUGGCUGGCUUAUGAAACUUCAGAAGAGCGCGCUAUGUCAUUCAACCCUUCUUUGUUUAUUUCAGUCUAUGCAAUUAUUGCUGUUGUCUCAUUUGUGUUGAUACUGAUAAGGUCCUUCUCGGUUACCAUUGUGGGGCUUAAGACAGCCCAAAUUUUCUUCUCACAAAUUCUUCACUGUAUCUUGCAUGCCCCUAUGUCAUUUUUUGAUACAACACCUUCGGGAAGAAUUCUAAGUCGGGCAUCAACUGAUCAAACGAAUGUUGACCUCUUUCUCCCCUUUUUUAUGAGCAUGACCAUUGCCAUGUACAUCACAGUGAUCAGCAUCUUCACUAUCACUUGUCAGUAUUCUUGGCCCACGGUAUUCUUGUUGAUUCCACUUGUGUGGCUGAAUAUCUGGUAUCGGGGGUACUAUCUUGCUACAUCCCGUGAAUUAACCCGCCUUGACUCGAUCACAAAAGCUCCUGUUAUCCAUCAUUUCUCAGAAAGCAUCGCUGGCGUUAUGACUAUCCGCGCUUUUGGAAAGCAGGGUAGCUUUUCUCAGGAGAAUGUUAAGCGUGUUAAUGCUAAUAUACGUAUGGAUUUCCACAACUAUGGAUCCAAUGAAUGGUUGGGUUUCCGUUUAGAACUGCUUGGGAGCUUCAUCCUCUGCAUUUCUACCAUGUUCAUGAUCGUACUGCCAAGCAGUAUUAUAAGGCCAGAACAUGUUGGUUUAUCUCUCUCCUAUGGAUUGUCCUUGAACUCUGUGCUGUUCUGGGCCGUAUAUAUGAGCUGCUUUGUGGAAAAUCGAAUGGUUUCUGUUGAGAGGAUAAAACAGUUUACAAAUAUUCCAUCAGAAGCAGCUUGGGAAAUUCAAGACCGCAUUGCUCCUUCAAAUUGGCCUGCCCAUGGCAAUAUUGACCUUAGAGACUUGCAGGUCAGAUAUCGUCCAAACACUCCUCUAGUUCUCAAAGGCGUUACUCUAAGCAUUCAUGGGGGAGAGAAGAUUGGGGUAGUUGGUCGAACAGGAAGUGGAAAGUCAACUUUGAUCCAGGUUUUAUUUAGGCUGGUGGAACCUUCAGGAGGGAGAAUAAUUAUUGAUGGCAUUGACAUUUGCAUGUUAGGGCUUCAUGAUCUUAGGUCUCGAUUUGGUAUAAUUCCUCAAGAACCUGUUCUUUUUGAAGGAACAGUGAGAGCCAAUGUUGAUCCAACCGAACAGUAUUCAGAUGAAGAGAUAUGGAAGAGCCUUGAACGCUGCCAACUUAAGGAUGUGGUGGCUGCAAAACCCGAUAAACUCGAUUCUUUAGUGGUUGAUAGCGGAGAUAACUGGAGUGUGGGGCAAAGGCAGCUUCUCUGUUUGGGCAGGGUUAUGCUAAAGCGCAGCAAAAUUUUGUUCAUGGAUGAGGCCACUGCUUCUGUUGAUUCACAGACUGAUGCUGUUAUUCAAAAGAUCAUCCGGGAGGACUUUGCAACCUGUACAAUUAUUAGCAUUGCUCACAGAAUACCCACUGUCAUGGAUUGUGAUAGAGUUUUAGUUAUAGAUGCAGGGCGGGCAAAAGAAUUCGAUAAACCAUCUCGCUUGCUUGAGUGGCCAUCACUCUUUGGGGCAUUGGUUCAAGAGUAUGCCAACCGCUCAUCUGGACUAUAAGACAACCUGUCUGCUUUCCUAUCAUCACAUUUUCUAUACCAACUGCAGCUGGCUGCUGUUGACUAAUUAUCUGAGUACGACCAUCUAUCAAAUACCAUGAUAGAAUUCCUUCCUGGGUGGCUGAAGAGUAGGUACUUCUCAUUAGCAAAAUGGCAAAUUAAAAUAAGACUCUUGUCAUUGAUUCAUUGGGUAUUUGUAUUGAGAGGCCCACUACUUGAAUAAUUGAAUUACCUUCAAAUGCUCGAUUCUUGCAUUUGAAAAUUUGAAAUUUAGAAACAUAUUAGUGUUAUGAAUAGCCAAUAUUAGUGUUAUACAAGAUCCCUUUUGUCAUAGAAA